AUGUUGCUAUUGCUGCAUAAUCGGCCACGCACUGCGCCGACACCCGGUUAUCAUUCAACGACCAUGUCACCCCUUUGGCAUGCCCAGCGAAUAUGCAGCAUUUCUAUCAAUAAUGAGCGUCGGGAGUGUUGGGAUCCGGUUCUUUUGGCUUCAUUUCUGACAGCGGCUCGUCGGAUGACCCACGAGUCGCAACAACAUGAAAUUAUGCGUGGUUUCGAGCGCAUUCGAAAAGUCACCGGGUGGGAUGCGAGUGACUUCCUGCACAGUCUCCAAGAGGAAUGGGGAUUUCUGGAGUCGUGA